UAUACCGAUCGUUUAUCCGAUCGUGGAGCAUGUAAACGGUCAUUCCGAUCGUGUGUCACUACUGCUCUGGUUUACGUCACGCAUAGACGGUGUUUGGCUGUGAGAAAGCUCAUACAGGACCGUCCAGCUCUGCGGACGCCCCGUGAAAAGCGCCGCUCCGCUCUCGCCCCGCUGGCUCUCCCCUCUCUUACACCCCUUACGAAGGGAAUGCGGGGAAGGGGCGCUUCGUACCCCCCGACGCUCACUCGGUCCACUGGCACCCGAGUGAACAGAGGAGCUGGAUUAAUAAUUUUGUGUCCGAGGGGGGAGGAUGCUUUGUUACGUGUGCGUUUUUUUAUGUGUGGGAGAAUCCAGACUGCGAGCCGCGCCGCCGCUCUGGGUUAGCGGCUGCAGGACUCAGGAGGAACGGUGUUCGAACAGACUGAGCUCCGGCCGCUAGCUCAGAGUGGCUUUGGUUGGGGCGGUCUGUGUGAACUUUUCAGAGCAGAAAUCAGAGCAGAAAUAAAUGUCGCGGGGUUUCACGUGGAUUUGUGUUUCCAGUUGUGUCCCGACAAAAUAAAGGCUGCUGUUAUUUCCAGACAUUUAUGUGCGCUAAUAUGCAGAUUGCUGCGUUUGUCGCACGGUCCUGGAUUCUCGUGUCCAUCAAGGCUAACGUUGUUAGCCCGUGUUAGCCUGUCCUCAGCCUUCUUCCAGCUGUUUCAUUCACAAAACAGCACUGACCACACAGAUUAAAUAUAACGAUGAGCGAACAGGCGCUUCAUAAUAUUCAUGACAUUAAUAAAAGCACGUUUGAAAGGUCGUCUCGUAUUACGGAGCUGCAGCACAUGCUGUCUCUCUGUGGCAGCGGUUUGUUUACAACGGGAUCUAGUUCCGCAUCCGGGUGAUUUUACACUACUGCACAGUGCGCAUGCCCAGAUUAUUCAUUCCGAACGAAAGCGUGAGCCAUGGGAACGUUUGUUCUAAUCGGAAAAAGGUUUUCUGUGCCCAUGUGCACGGGUGAAUUUUAACCCGACCAUUGAUCCGAUCAAGAUAUUCUGCCCAUGUAACCGCUUAUUGACAAACACUUUUUCAGCUGACAACCUCCUUUACACAAUUUAUCUGGCAAUUAAAAACAAGCCAGGGAUACAAAAUGAGCUACAAAAACUAUCAGAGUGUGAUAGAUGGAUAUCAACUUUACUCCAUAUCUUCAACCUUUUUGAGAAUGAGGAGUGGGCACAGGGAAAAGCAUUGUGGCUCAAUGAGUUAGGAAGAUUCACAGGAUCAACCUGGGAUGCUUUUGGGGCAGAGGAGGACAUGGUCACAUGUAGACUUGAAUUCCUUAACAGUACAGAAGUUGUACAAACAUGUCUUAAUCCAGCCUGUCCAACUGCAAAAAGAAGAUACAACUCAAUAGAUAUUGUGUGUGAAGACCUCACUAAGUUGCAGGCUGACGUUGACAAGUGGUCCAAUGACAUUAUCGUACUACUUCCAUGCAAAAGUGCAGAACCAUGGCUGCUCCAAAGCGGAUUCCCGCCGCUCCCAGGAGGCCCGCGAGGCGAAACCUGUUUGGCCCGGUGGACCGGGAGCAGCUUCAGCUGGAGUACCAGGCCGCCCUGCGGAAAGACCUGGACGAAGCGUCCCUUCGCUGGGGCUUCGACUUCCGCUCCGACAAGCCCCUGGAGGGCAGCCACUUCCUGUGGGAGAGCGUCCCGGGGGCCGGAGUGCCGCUGCUGUACCGCUGUCAGGAUGCUGGACGGGUCCAGAAGACGGCGGAGACCAGGACCCCCCCCAAGAGACGAAGAUCUGAGCUGCCGCAGAGGGAGAAGGAGAACAUCCCACUGACAGAGAACAUCUUCAACGUGGAGAAAACACCAGAGAAGGAGGAGAAGGCCGGGAUGAAGAGGAAACAGACAAACAUCACAGAUUUCUACCAAGCUAAACGACGAAUGGUCUGGAUGCCGCGGAAAUCGGGCGAGUGACGGAGGAGCGCACACGCCACGCCCCACUCAGAAGCCACGCCCUCCGCAGGAGUCCGUACCUGUGAACUCGGGAGGGGUUCAGCUACAUUUCACUGCUCAGUUAAUUAGGCUACUGUAUGUGGGGGGGGAUCGGUGCCUUUCCCUGGGCUAAGAAGGGGACAUUUGAGCAGAGAAGAUUAACGGUAAUCCACGGAAUCAGUGGAUUUAUCCUCAUUUGGAUCAAGCGGUUGCCAAAGUGAUGACAGACAUUUUCGCCGCUGUACAUUCCACAUCUCGGCUCCCACCCACAGGAGAGGAGGAAGAUGUACAGCAUGUGUUAAAAUCACAAUGUCCCCCCUUUUUUUAUGCUGAAGUGAAGAGUUUUAUAUGAACUAUUGGGAAAAAGAGAUUCAACGUCUCCAAGUCUAGAGACGCUCUGCUUCCAUCACGAACCACAAACCUGCAUUUCCCUUCAUGUCCUGUCUCUUAUUCGUCAAAUUCAUCUGCUGCUCUGUCCUGACGUGUGAAUGGCUCUGGAUUAUGAAUGUUCAGUGUGUAGCAAUUUAUCUCUUUGGAGCAUUAACCCCUUGUGCUAUGUUGUUGGGUCAAAAUGACCCCACCCUUACAUUGACGUGUUAUCCCUACCAUGAGAAAUGUAGAUAAAGGUGGAGAGGAUUUCAUGUAAACAUUGAAAAAAAAGGUUCAGCUCACUGUCUUGUGGGGUCCAGAUGACCCCACUUCCAACUGGGGUCACCUGGACCCCACAAGACGGUGAGCUGUACAAGCCAAUAUGUCUAGUAGGGUCCAGAUGACCCCACUCCCAACGUUAACGUGCUCCCAAGGCAUGUUAACGUUGGGAGUGGGGUCAUCUGGACCCUACUAGAUAGCACAAGGGUUAUAGAUAUAUAUUCAGCAUAUAUCAGAUGUAUUUGAGUAGUAUAAAUCUAAAAACAUUGCAGUAUUGCACAGAAGUUGUACUUGUAGGUAUUUUAAGGUGCGUAAAGGACGAUCAGGAACAGUAUUUUCAGGUCCAAAUGUAUUCGUGAGGAAGGUUUUUCCAUCAGGAGCAAAGGUGUCAUGGAUGGAACUACUGCUCUCCGCUUGUAAACGACAUAUCUGUCCAGCAAAUCCUGCUGCUCCGCCUAAUCUGGAUGAGAGUCAUGUAAGGUCACUUUAAUCAUGUAUGAACUGACGGCUUCGAAAAGAGCAAACCUGCCCCAAUGCACUUCUGCUGAUGCUUCUGGUCAUGCGAUCACUUUUCAGCUCCUCAGGAGUCGACUCUUAUUUAUUGUGUUAUUCAUCGUGUUUGUGUGGAUCCGUGAUAAAUCUGAAAUAAAAGGCUGAUGGUU